AAGCCCACCUGUGGCUCUGAUACACUUGGGGAAAGAGAAGUACAGUGCCUGCUCCAGCCCCCCGUUUGCCCUGCAGCUGCACACACCUCACUCUGCUCAGAGAUCCAAACCCAUUUAAGGGAAGGAUGCUGAGGGGACACAGAGCCCAGCAUCUCCAUUGUACCCCCUCAGAGAGAUAGGCAGCUCCACUCCUGGAAGGGGGCAGCAGAGUCCCUAGGAGGUCCUCAUCUUUAAGGGAUAAGGGGCCAAGUUUGCCUUGUGCCCAGCAGGGUUCUCAGCACCCAGCCUCAGGGCCAGAGGGCCCCCAAGCUUGAAGGACAGGGGUGUAGUGUGUGUGGCAAAAACAGGCAGUGGGACAGUAAAGCUGAGCUGGUGGCGGGACGGGGGCAGGCUGCAGAGUAACUGGAAGUUUGGCUGGGAUUCUGCCUUGAGUUCUUACUUGGGGGCCGCCCGGCCUUCCCACUGGUCCAGCCCCUCCGCUUGUGCCAAAGAAUGUGCUGGGAGCGGUGGCUUGGAGAGGCGGAUGGGGCAGCAGAGCCGGCCACCCGGAGGCAGCACACAGGUCAACGUGGAGAUUCCGGGCCACCAUGCUCAGUCUCAAGCUGCCCAAGCUCCUUCGAGUCCACCAGGUCCCCAGGCUCUUUCCAGAUGACCAACGAGACGGUCAACAUCUGGACGCACUUCCUGCCUACCUGGUAUUUCCUGUGGCGCCUGCUGGGCCUGUCGCGGGGCGCGGAGCCCUUUCAGAGGCCGCUGCUCAUCUUCCUGCUGCCCGCCUGCCUCUACCCCUUUGCUUCGUGCUGCGCGCACACCUUCAGCGCCAUGUCGCCGCGCGCACGCCACAUUUGCUUUUUCCUGGACUACGGCGCACUCAGCCUCUACAGCUUGGGCUGCGCCUUCCCUUACGCCGCCUACUCCAUGCCAGCCUCCUGGCUGCACGGCCGCCUGCACCAGCUCUUCGUGCCCGCCGCCGCACUGAACUCCCUCCUGUGCACCGGCCUCUCCUGCUACUCCCGCUUCCCAGAGCUGGAAAGCCCCGGGUUCAGUAAGGUCCUGCGAACUGCAGCCUUUGUCUACCCCUUCCUGUUCGACAACUUGCCGCUCUUCUACCGCCUCCGGCUGUGCUGGGGCAGGAGCCACAGCUGUGGCCAGGAGGCACUGAGCAGCAGCCAUGGCUACCACCUCUUCUGCGCGCUGCUCACCGGCUUCUUCUUCGCUUCCCACCUGCCGGAGCGAAUAGCACCAGGACGCUUUGACUACAUUGGCCAUAGCCACCAGCUGUUUCACAUCUGUGCAGUGCUGGGCACCCACUUUCAGCUGGAAGCUGUGCUGGCUGACAUGGGGUCUCGUCAAGCCUGGCUGGCGGAACAAGAACCCCCGCUGGACCUGGCAGGCACAGUGGCCACACUGAGCUUGGCAGUGGCUGGAAACCUGCUCAUCAUUGCUGCUUUCACAGCCUCCCUGCUGCAGGCCCCUGGGCUCAAGACUGUGGACCCCCCUGACAAAUACACAAAGCACUCAAGGGGCUGGGCACAAGGGCAGCAUCGGGAUGCCUGAGCUUUGCAGCUCAUAAUGAAGAGGCAGACAGACAGAGCCUGCACUCAAGUUUGUGAGGAGAGGAUGGCAAACGGGUCACCAAUGUCUUCCUGUCUGUCCCCAGUGCCUCAGUCAGAACCAACCAAACCGCUCCCCAAGGACUUAGGGGGAGGCCCUCACCAUGGAAAAGUUUUGCCCCAUCUGUCCCCAGCUCCUUUUCCUCUCUGGUCUGGGAAGCACCCAUCCUGCCUUUGGCAUGUCCUGGCUAGAGAAUAGUGAGGCAGAAGCAUCAAGAGGACAAAGUGGCAGCUCUUCUCAAAGGCUACCCUUGCCAUGUACAAACAGCAAGUGAGGCCCACCAUGGGUACUUUCUCAGAAACAUGUCAAACAGGCACAGCAGUGUGGAUAGGACACCACCUUAGCAGCUCAUCCUGGCCACAAGGAACUCGGAGGUCCUGUUUCUGUACUGGGGGUUCUGCUGCCCUCUGCACAUGAUGGUCAAACACAGCCCCUGCCCACCCCAUCCCCUACCACCUGGAGGCCCUGACUGAAGCCACAGUUUUGAAGCUUGGCAGCGGGUCUUGGCCCCAGAAUGGCCCAGGAGCGGAAGUGUUGGGCCUUCUCGCGUGGGCAAGGCCUACUUGAGGCCUAGAGGAACUCCCUAAGCCUGAGCCAAGUUGGUGCUGUCGGCGUACUUCCGCAUAGGAGUGACUCAGCAAAACCCGACCUGAAACAGCCUCUGCCUGGAUACAGGUGACAGGGUUAGAUUUUAUUGGCUUGAAGCCUGUCACCUCAUUUUAUGUAACCCCUUCUUCCUGCUUCUGCCCUUUGCCCCCUAGCCGAAGUGUAUAAAUAUUGCAGCAUGUUACAAUAAAGGUGAAAUCCUGCUUCGACAGCCUCCUGGCUCCGUGUGGUUUUCUUCGAGCUGCCGACACUCGCCAUCCCGCUCAGCCCCUGGGACGAGGUUGGGCUGGCCCUGAUCUUCCCUCAACUGCGACUGCAGGAGGACCCGGCAGACUGGUGCCUCGUGUGAGGAACUCGGCUCCCCACACAAAGAUCGCUGAUGGGCCAAUCGGUCUGUGGGUGAGUGUACUCCCAUAAAUUAUGGGGAAGUCUUACUCUAAACUUGACCCCGCUUUAGAGUCCCUUUGAGUUUUGCUCAAGAGUCGAGGGCUUGACCUCUCAGAUAGUCAGGCCUCCCAGGCCUGAGUGUGCCGAUCGCGCCCUGGCUUCCAGAAGAGCAACCUCUUCGACUGGGACACUUGGGAAAGAUAGGGUUGAAAGGUUGUUUCGGAGAGCUCAUAUAGAAAAAGGAGAAAUACCCCCUAUCGGAGCUCUCCCCACAGUGUCUGCCCUGAAAGGUUGUUUCCCUCCCCUCCGCCCAAGGAGGCAGACAAAGCUCUUCUCCCUCAAGGAGCAGAGAACAAAAGCCCCGACACGAGUUGGGACUCAGAUCAGAGUCCCAAACCUGUAAGCCCCACUCCCCCACCAAAUCAGCCUCCCUCUCUUUAUCCUUCUCUUGAUCCAUUCGGGAGUGCCCCUUGGCCCCAUAAAGAGCCGCACCCUCCGAUCACCCCGACAACCCCUUUCGGGCAAAGUAAGGUUGGGGACAGAAAGACCGGCCUCUUUCUGGUCAAUGUCAAUCCUGGAGGCAAUCGCCCUGCGGCCUGGUAUCCCUGGGAGCCUCAAGAUCUUAAAGACCUGAAAAAAGCAGUCACAGAGGAUGGUCCUGAUUUACCUUGGGCAGAAACUAUCUUAGAAGGGCUAGCCCAUCGGGCUUGUGUUGCCCGCAACUGGAAGGAGCUUGCCAAAGCUGUGCUCCCUGGUCCUUCCUUCCUUAAAUGGAUGGCUUUCUUUCAAGAAGAAUGUCGCGUAUAUGGGGAACGUAACCAAGACGCCCGACCCCGUAUACCUAUCACCUAUGGCAUGCUUUGUGGCACGGCGGCGGUUCAAUUUUUCCACCGGCCUCCAACAAGCUACCAUCCCCCACCCCCUAUCAAGACCAGGUCAGGGCCUGUGGGUUAGCUGCUUGGAAAAAACUCGAUGAGGGCCCAAUGGAGUCCCCCAUAUCAGGAAUUAUUCAGAAGGGCACUGAGGACCUCUCCAUGUUCAUUGACAGGGUCCAGAAAAGUUUAAAAAACAAGUUCCCUGCCAGCAAAAUGCGCAAUCGUUUCAUUCGCUUCCUAGUUUGGGACGGCAUGACCAACGAGUGCAAGCUUGCUUGUGCCAGGCUUAGAAACCAGUCCAUAGAGAUAUGGAUUAUUGCUACCUGAGACGUUGGUACUGUGUCUCACCACACAACGGCGAUGGUCUCCGCAUUACAGGCUAACCGCCAGGAAGAGCUUCAAACGCUCAUUAACACCUUGCAGUUAGCCCCCACAUUGGGCAAGCGGACGUGCUUUGGGUGUGGCAGAGAAGGACACUUCCAGCGAGAAUGCCCUAGCCAGCCUAAAGCCCCUUCCGCCUCCACGGGUGGAGACAGACCCUGGACCCCAUACCCCUGUUGUAAAAAGGGUUUUCAUUGGGCCCGCGACUGUAAGUCUAAAUUUAAUAUCAAAGGUGAGCCUUUAAACUCCCAACAGGGCCAGCCCCAGACCCGUUAAAUAAGGGGAGCCGACCUGUCCAAGCUCACUGGACCAUCCCUCUCAUUGCCGGCCUGAGACCGAAAAUGACUGUUUCGAUAGGGGACAAAUCCUUUAAAUUCCUCAUCGAUACUGGAGUGGAUCGCACAGUCAUUAGAAAGGAAGAAGUGCCCACAUCCUGGAAGCUAAUUCCUGGACCGCCCCUCGUAGGGGUGGGUGGCCAAUCUACAUCAUGGGAAACUGCCAACUGGCUCCUCUGGGUAGACCCUAGUGGAAACAGUGGAGCAAUCUGCCCGCUCGUAGUCCCUGGCUUAACCGCCAACCUUCUGGGUCAAGAUAUUUUAGGCAAAGUUGAAGCAUGUAUUACCAGUGACCACAAGGUUCUUUUUUUUUUUGGCAGUUUUUGGCCGGGGCUGGGUUUGAACCCGCCACCUCUGGCAUAUGGGGCCGGUGCCUUACUCCUUUGAGCCACAGGCGCCACCCUGACCACGAAGUUCUUUAUGACAACCUUUCAAACCAUGACAGAAUCAAGCAGCCGCCUCAACAACAACAUAAAAGCCAUCCCAAUCUAACACAUAAUUUGCUCCCUGAACCAAUUACACGAUUUUUCCCGGGGUUCACUCCCCAACCCUAAGGGCCACUGCUC